AGCUCCGCAAGUCGUUCUGACAAAAACCAGAGCGCCAACUCUAAAGUCAUCGCCGGCAGGCGCCAGGUCGUCAAGAUGAUGGUGGCCGUCAUGUUUACGUAUUUCAUUUGCUUGCUUCCUCUGCGAUGCAUGCAGGUCUGGACACUGUUCGCGACUGAAAGUGAUUUCAUAAACAUGGGGCAAGAAGGGUACCUCAACCUCGUCAAUACUAGCCGCAUACUCAUGUACCUGAACAGCGCCACCAACCCUGUUAUAUACGGACUCCUCAGUUCAAACUUUAGGGCAGCAUUCAAACAGUCCUUCUACACCUGCAGGCUCAGCGGCAACGACCGGGGCAAGUACAACACGGCUUAUUACAAC